UAUCACUUGACAAAAAGCAAGAAAUUAGUUAACAUUAACUUAUUUUCCUAAAAAGAAAAUUAAAAAAAAAGUUGCAAUAGCUCCUUAUUUGUAACUAUCACAAAAGUGGAUGCUGAUAUUUGCUAGUGUGUCAGCUUUCUUGUUACCAAAUGGAAGUUAGGAUUUGAGUUUCCUUGGAAAAUUAUUUUCUGGGUUUUCAAGUUCCUCGAAAGUGAUAGUUUUGGAUUAAUUUUUCUCAUAUCAACACCCAUGUUUUUGGGCUCAAUAUUCCCAGGUACUAGACUUUCAUUUGUAUCUGGUUUAAAAGUCUACUGAUUUUAUGUAGCUACCCAAUUGGGUUUUGUCUUUGAUUCAUAUUUAAGUUCAGUGGUAGAGAGUCUUGAUAUAUGCAGCUGAUUCUGUUCAAUUUUGCUAAGAAAGAAAAUUGAAAACCCAAGUUCGUUUUCUUUUUUUUUUUCUUUUCUGGUGACUGUUUCUUGUAAGUCUGAGAAUUGGGUAUUGAGUAUAGCCAUACAAGUAGUAUUAUUUGUUUAUGAUAUACUUAGAUGCCUUUGCUCAAUUGCUCAUGUCUCGAUGAUAGAGAAACAGAGAUGAUAUCUUGGCUUUGAAAUCCAAGAAUCAAGAUAUUUAGUAAUUUCUGGAUGUUCUAGUUACUGGUGAUAUGCUGAUUGUUGAUGCUUGGUGCAUUAUAAUGGAGAAGCAGAAAUGAUUUCUGGGAUUUCUAGCUGAAAGAUUCAGAAUUUCAUUGUUAGGAAGUGAUCACUUUCUGAUAUAUUUUGGUAAUAUUAAGUUGUUUUGAGGUAUUGUGUAAGAUCAUGGAGAAACAGCAAAGUUUUAAGGGAAGAAUAAUGGAGAAACAAGUAAGUUUUAAGGGAAGAGCAAUGGAGAAACAGGUGAGUUUUAAGGGAAGAACAAUGGAGAAACAGGUGAGUUUUAAACAGAAAGUGAUGGAAAAACUCCCAAGCUUUCAUGGUAUAACAGAAAAUCCGCCAACUUCUCAUGGACUGAUGGAAAAACACCCUAGUUUUCGCGGGGCAUUGGAGAAACAGAAGAGUUUUCGUGGUUUCGUGGAGAAACAAAAGAGCUUUCGUGUUAUAAUGGAAAGGCAGCUUAGUUUUAUAGGUGGUGGUGAGAGGAAGAAGAACAAGGAAUCACCUGGAAAGCGAGGUGACUCGCAAAUUCAUUUGGCAGCUCGAGCAGGGAAUUUGAGUAGGGUUAGAGAGAUUCUUCAGAAUUGUGAUGGUAAUGAGGCAAAGGAUUUGUUGGCAAUUAAGAAUCAAGAAGGAGAAACUCCCCUUUAUGCAGCAGCAGAGAAUGGGCACGUAGGAAUAGUGGCAGAGAUGUUGGAAUACAUGAACCUAGAGACUGCGUCAAUUCCAGCUAGGAAUGGUUAUGAUCCAUUCCAUAUUGCAGCAAAGCAGGGUCAUCUGGAGGUGUUGAAUGCACUUUUGCAUGUGUUCCCCAACUUGGCCAUGACCACGGAUUUAUCCUGUACAACUGCCUUGCAUACAGCAGCCACACAAGGUCAUAUUGACGUGGUGAACCUCCUUCUGGAAACUGAUUCAAAUCUAGCUAAAAUUGCCCGAAAUAAUGGUAAGACUGCUCUCCAUUCAGCUGCAAGAAUGGGGCAUGUGGAAGUUGUGAGGUCCCUAUUAAGCAAGGAUCCAAGCACUGGCCUAAGGACAGAUAAAAAAGGACAAACUGCACUACACAUGGCUGUUAAAGGGCAAAAUGAGGAAAUUGUACUGGAAUUGCUAAAGCCUGACCCUGCUUUUAUGAGUUUGGAAGACAAUAAAGGAAACACAGCAUUGCAUAUUGCCACAAAGAAGGGUCGCACUCAGAAUGUACGUUGCUUAUUAUCAGUUGAAGGUAUAAAUGUCAAUGCAAUUAACAAGGCUGGAGAGACAUCUCUUGACAUUGCAGAAAAACUUGGUUCUCCAGAACUUGUAUCCAUUUUAAAGGAAGCAAGGGCUCUCAAUUCUAAAGAUCUUGGAAAACCACAAAAUCCAGCAAAGCAACUUAAGCAGACUGUCAGUGACAUAAAACAUGACGUCCAGUCCCAGCUUCAACAGACCCGUCAAACUGGUUUCAAAGUGCAGAAGAUUGCUAAGAGAUUGCAGAAGCUUCACAUUAGCGGUCUCAACAAUGCUAUAAACUCUGCAACUGUUGUUGCUGUGCUUAUAGCGACUGUUGCUUUCGCAGCCAUUUUCACCGUGCCUGGCCAAUAUAUAGAGGAUAAAGAAAAAGGAACAUCCCUCGGGCAAGCCCAUAUAGCUGACAAUCCAGCUUUCUUAAUAUUCUUUGUUUUUGACAGCCUAGCAUUAUUCAUCUCUCUGGCUGUCGUAGUGGUCCAAACAUCUGUUGUUGUGAUUGAACAGAAGGCGAAGAAGCAGCUUGUGUUUUUUAUUAACAAACUCAUGUGGCUGGCUUGCCUCUUCAUUUCAAUUGCAUUUAUAUCUCUGACUUAUGUAGUGGUGGGUGAGAAGUACAGGUGGCUUGCUAUUUAUGCCACAGUCAUUGGUGGCUCAAUCAUGCUCACUACAAUUGGGUCCAUGUGCUAUUGUGUGAUUUUGCAUAGAAUGGAGGAAUCAAGAUUGAGGAGCAUAAGGAGAGAGAGUCGAUCCCGUUCGUACUCUAUGUCAAUGGUAUCAGAACAGGAGAUUUUUGAUAGUGAAUAUAACAAGAGGAUGUAUGCAUUAUAAGGGAUUCAGAAAUGGGUAUAAAUGGAAGAAGCAGGAACUGCUGGCUUAUUAUUCUAUCUAUGUCCUGGAAUUGCUUUUAUGAUGCUCAUGCUCAUAUACUUGCAAAAUUUGCAUGUAAAAAGUUGAGCCUAGGUGUUGCUUUACUGAUAUAAUAUGAAGUGAUGAAUGGAGUAUUCUGCAGCUUUUAAAAGCGGUUGUUCAUCUUCCCAUCAUUGGGUUUAUUGGAAUUCCGCCCUCUGGGCGGGGUAGUGCCAGUAUCAUAUCGUUGGUUGAUUCAGACGUCAACACUCGGAUGAAUUUGUCUCACUGUCUGAAUCUGGUUUAGAACUAGUGCAAGUUUGAACGAGGCUCAAAAGAAGGCAAAAGGUGUCAUUAUUGGAUGUACUUUCUAGGUUCUACUUGAGUUAUAAGCUUAAGAAAAUUUUAGUAUUGAGAAUAUCCUUAUAAUUGAUAGAGAGAAGUUCAGUUUCUCUGUCUUGUUUGUAUAUUUGAUGCUAAUCUGACCAUUAAGUGAAGAAUGCAUGUACUUGAGUAAUGCAAGUAGAAAGAUUAUUGUAUUUAA